AUGGAAAACCCGACGGUUAGAGAAUUGAGGUCAAGGUCUCGCUCGAAGACACCCUUCCUGCGGUCGAGCUGCGACCGUGAGAACUGCUUGGAUGGCGAGGAGCACACCCAUCACAAGGGAGGACGGAAAACACCAGUAAAAAGAAGCACCCCUAUCAAGCAACUAAACCAGCCAGCGAGUACAGUGACAUCAGAAACGAUAACAGAAGUAGAGGAAGAGAUCCCGCAACCAUUGCACCAGACUCGACAGGCCACUAGGAACGCAGCACAGCUCAUCAGGACAUCAGACUACUCCUCGGAGGAGAGCCUUGACCGUCUGAAGGGACACUCCAAAGAAGUUGUCCAGAACGAGAUCAACAGUCAGUAUGAGCGUGUGUCGACGAGCUCGCAGCGUUACACGUCGCUGUCUGACGUCACGUUGAGCCCCAUCUACACGUCACACGGCGUGACUCAUGACCGAUCAUCUCGUAUAGGCAGUCCGAGUUCGUACAGUGCAUGUUCGACGGAUAGCUCGUUCGCUGAGCAGGCGCUUGCUGAUGCCAGCUUACUGCUGGAACUGAAUCCCAAUAACGACCACCUGCCUUCACGGCUCUACAAGAUGGCACGAGAGUACUGGAAUAAAUACCCUAAGACGGACUACACAUACUCCCCGCUAUCAAAAGACCGGGUGGAGCUCGCGCCAGGUCAGGUCGCGAUGCCGAACAUGUCGCGGCGCUCGCUGUCACAGUUCCGCGUCCAAGGGCCCAACGUCAGCGUGGAUGAGAUCGACCGUCUCUCCGCUACCACUUCUUGGACCACUAGCACUGUGCGGCGUCGGUAUACGGCAAUAGACAGCUCAGACGACGAGACCUCAUAUCCCCACCGCAACGGCGGCGCCCACACAGCGGAGCAGCGCUGGUGGAUCACUCGCCUGCUGGUCUCCAUCGUCACCACCAUCACCAGCACCACUCGCAACACGUACCGGAAGAUAGUGGGACCCUCGCACCGAUACCCUUACACUGAUCGGAGACCUGCGCAAGCGAGCCUGGCGUCUCGGACUGCGGCGGUGGCGGCGGCGCCGUUCGUGUUCAUCUACUCGCUGAUCAAAACAGUCGUCACUACCACCGUCACUACCGUCACCGACACUCUAUCACCAAACCACGUCGAGGUGAAUAAGAAGUACAUAGCACAAAGCUACCAGGAGAAAGCUGCUGUAAAGAAACGCUGGUGGCCUUGGCUACUGCUACUACUACUGCCUGCCUUCGGCUAUGGAUCUCACUACACAUACGAGAACUGGGAACGUCUCGCUAUGCCAAACUUUACCGAUUUCCGCGUAGACCUAUCCGAGUUCUCCGGUAUAAAAAUGCCGGAAUUUUCACUGCCAAACAUUUCACUGCCGAGUCUCGACGUGCUGCCGAAGAUUAAGAUGCCAGAAAUUAAUAUAACGCUACCUGAUAUUAGAGAGAAUCUUCCAGAAGUUAAGAAAACGUAUAUAGAGUACAGAGACAUCGUGCAGAAUCGAAUGGCUGAUGUGUCCGACUACGUCGUCGUGGUUGCGGACAGCUGCUUCGAGGAGAUCAAGAAAACGUGGCGCGGUUUAUUCGGAUGA